CUGGCCUGACGUCAUUUCCUUGCGGAAAUCUGCCUCCACCUUGUCGAAAAAGUGGACUCAAAACACAACAACGUGAUUGUUAAUCUUAGAAUCAUUGAAAGCCACAAAGUAUUUCUCAGUUAGUUCAAAUGGUUUCCACUGAUUUCAAAGCGGUGGUCCAAAGGUUUUACCAGCUGCAGUCCGAGCGUCUGGAGACCUAUCGACUCUUUGAGGAAGGGCACGAGGCUUACCUGAAGACGGGCCCCCACUAUGACUUUGAGCACUACAAGCAGCUGGUGCACCAAAUCACGCUGGCCUUCAAUGGCAUUUCCAAGGAAGUUCUGGACAUCAAGGACAAGUUCCAGCUCCACUUGGACCGGCCCGACCUCUCGGAUCACAUCGACAAACUGCAGUGCAAAGAAAAGCACAAGCUCCAACUGACAGCUCAACUGCAGCUGGCCCGGCAGCGGGCUCAGGACCACCCGGAAGACCAGGAAGCCUCCCAGGAGAAAAUCCAGCAGCUUAAACAUGAGAUCAUCAAGACCCAAGAGGCACUCAGCGAGAUCAUGCAGGACUUCAAGUACGACUCGGAGGAGGGUGAUUGACAGGUCGUUCAAAUCUCGUCAGUGAGCUUUUCGUGUUGUUCG